AUGAAAUUCCUGUGCAUCUUGUUGCUUCCAGCAGUCUUUGCAGCUGUUCCAAAUAGAAGAAUGCUGUUUGACUCAUUCUUAAAUGGUCAAGAAGCAACAAAUCUUAUUGACCAGCUUGUGGCCACAUUAUCUUCUGAUGAUAGCGAGGCAAAAUGUGAACAGGAAUGCCACACUCUUAUCGCUGACCAAACCUCUUUAUUCCAGCAUCUCUGUCCAUUUAUGUGCCACUCUGCCCAGCAAGCCUUGGCUGGAAUUCACCACACAGAUCCCGCUACUGGUGCUCCAGCAAAGAGAAUGCUCUUUGACACAUUCCUGAACAGCCAGGAAGCUCAUCGCGUGAUCGAUCAGCUGGUAGAAACCUUAGCAACCGACGAUAACGAGGCUAAAUGUGAACAGGAAUGCCACAUCCUGAUCGCCAGUCAGACCUCACUUGUCCAACAUCUUUGCCCCUUCCUGUGUCAUUCAGCUGUUAAUGCCUUGAAUAACCUUCAUAGCCCCCAGACCGCUUCAACAUCCCCAGCAAAGCGCAUGCUCCUUGACACUUUCCUGAACACAGAAGAGACCUCCAAGAUCAUUGACCAGCUGGUGACAACUCUUGGAUCAGAUGACUCCGAAAUUGCCUGUGAGAAAGAAUGCCACGUGCUCAUCACUGACUCUACUUCCGUUUUCCAGCAUAUGUGUCCUUUCUUAUGUCACUCAGCUCAGGCCAUCAUUAACAACUUUCACCAUGCACCAGCACCAGCCACUUCUGGCACAGUACAAAAGAGAUUUCUAGUUGACACUUUCUUAGCCAACCCCGAGGUCAACGUCUUGGUAACAAGUUUGGUGGCUGUCCUCGGAUCAGACCCAACAGAGCAGGCUUGUGAAAACGAAUGUGUCACCAUGAUUCAUGCUGACAACGUCCUGCACCAUCUCUGUCCGUUUGUCUGUCAUUCAUUCCAGCAACUUGUGUCAAAGGUUCACUUGAACCAGCCAGCUGCUAACCCAUCCAAGAGGUUCCUUAUCGAUUCCUUUCUGAACAACCCAGAAGUUAAUGUUUUGGUCACCAGCCUCGUUGCCACUCUUGGAUCUGAUCCAACAGAACAAGCCUGUGAACAACAAUGCGUAACAAUGGUUCAUGCCGAUAAUGUGCUGCACCAUUUGUGCCCAUUUGUGUGCCAUUCAUUCCAGCAAUUAGUACAGCAGGUCCACCUUUCUCCAGCAGCUUCCAACCCAGUAGCUUCCAGCCCAGUACAGAAACGAUUCCUUAUUGAUUCUCUCCUAAACAACCCAGAAGUCAGUGUGAUCGUAAAUUCACUCGUCUCGACCCUGGGAUCUGAUCCCACUGAAGCUGCCUGCGAAUCCCAGUGUACCAAUAUUGUCCACGCAGACAAUGUCAUGCAUUUCUUAUGUCCACUUGUCUGUCAUUCGUUCCAGUCCUUGGUUCAAAAGGUGCAUGUUAAUGCCCCAGCACAAUAAAACACUUGUUAUGCAAAGUUAUUUGUAUAUGCUUUAUAUGUUGUUUAUAAUAAACAUUUUUU